GAGCGAAGACUAUAUCUAUUGGUCUUCUCUAUUUUGUCUGUCCAUCGUCGCCUGUUGGGGAAUUCUUAUUUUCCGCCGGCUGUUCAUAAGCCCCCCUGGCUAAAUGGCCGCGACGGGUCUCUAAGAAACAUUGUUAAAGGGGGCACAUUUACCUGGCACAUCAAUUGCCUACAUGACCAAUAUGGUCCUAUAUUCAGGAUUAAACCAAAUGAACUACAUAUCAAAGAUCCUGACUACUACAAUAAUCUUUACACUGGCCUGGUACGCAUCGAAACAAGGACCCUUGGUUUAGCUUUAUCAGCUUUCCUCGGUCCCUCUUCUCAACAAGCGACCAUGCACUUCAUUUUUGAGCCGAUCAUUCGGGCCAAUACUGAAUCUCUAUGUCAGCACUUCUCAGCCAGCUCAAGAAACCACCAGGCUCUAGAGCUACAUACAGCUUUUGAUAUGCAUUUGGUCGCAAAGAAUGAUUCCACUACCUCGAACAGCCCGCUCUCUCAACGACUUGGAAUAACCAUAUGA